UAUGAGUAGCAUGAUGAUCUCGAAACAAAAGUGCAAAUAACCCAUCUUCUUCCCUAGAAUGGUGAUGAAACCCUUGAUGACGACGAGUGGUGAUGAUGCAUGCAUGCGCUCGCUCAUAUGAGCUAGGAGGAUCCUCUCUGCGUGAGCUUUCCAGUCCGUCGGGCAUAUCGCUACUGCAUCUAAACCACGCGUCAAGCGAAAAGUCUCUUCCUCCUCUCUCUCCCCAGCUACUCAUGUACAUACCUACAUACCUUUACCUCCAUCUUCCCCAUUCCCCUCUUUUCGUGCCAUCUCAUCUCAAUUGGGGAUGUUUAAUUUACCAGUUUAUCGGAAAGGAAAAAGGAAAAAUACCCACCAGAGGAGCUUGAAGCCUUAGGAGGAGCCACGAGAACAGAAUAGAAUAGACUCGCAGAGAGCAAAGCCGUCGAGGGCCAGUACAGGCGGCCGCUCACAAUUCACA